AUGGAUUUCUCCAAGUUCCUGGCUGAUGAUUUUGAGGUGAAGGCCUGGGUGAACGGGGUCUUCCGAGCAGUCCAACAGGAGGCCCCGGGCAAGGUGGAUGCCCACGCAAACACGGUGGUGAUGAAAUUGCAGCUCUUUAUCCAAGAGGUCAACAAUGCCGUGGAAGAGACAAGCCACCAGGCGCUCCAGAGCAUGCCCAGAGUUCUCCGGGAGAUGGAGGCCUUGAAGCAGGAGGCAACCUUCCUGAAGGAGCAAAUGGUCCUGGUGAGGGAAGAUAUUAAGAAGCUGGAGCAGGAUACAGCUCAGUCGAUGCAGGUUUUGGUCAAACUGGAUCAUGUGAAAUCCAGGAUGCAGCUGGCCGCCGACUCUCUCCAGGAGGCAGACAAGUGGAGCACCCUCAGUGCUGACAUCGAGGAGACGUUUAAAACACAGGAUGUGUCUGUGAUUUCAGCUAAGCUGACCAGCAUGCAAAGCAGCCUGGCAGUCCUGGUGGACACGCCAGACUAUUCGGAAAAGUGUGUGCAUCUGGAAGCGCUCAAAAACCGUCUGGAGGCCCUGGCCAGCCCCCAGAUCGUGGCUGCCUUCAACGCUCAGUCUGUCGAUCAGGCCCGCCUUUUCGUCAAAGUCUUCACUGAAAUCGACCGGAUGCCGCAGCUGCUGGCUUACUACUACAAGUGCCACAAGGUGCAGCUGGUGACCGUGUGGCAGGACCUGUGCCAGUCUCCCCUCCCCUUGGACCGGCAGCUGACGGAGCUCUACGACGGGCUACUGGGGACAUGGCACUCUCAGCUGCAGUGGGCCACGCAGGUUUUCAAGAACCCCCACCAAGUCGUGGUUGUCUUGCUGAUCCAGGUGCUCAGCGCCUUGGUCCCUUCCAUCCCCGUCUGCCUCAGCACUGCCAUGGAGCGUGCUGGUCCUGAAAGCAGGCUGAGCUGCCUCCUGGGGCUGUACGAUGCCACGGUCUACUUUGCUCGUGGCCUGGAGGUUGCCAUGUUGCCCAUCUUGAGGGAAUGCAACUUGGUGAAGGUGACAGAGCUGGUGGAAGCUGUCUAUGGUCCCUACAAGCUCUUCCAGUUGCAGUAUGGAGCCCUGGAGGAAGAAAACCUCCUCAUCCGGUUGAGCGCUGUCCCCUUGGAGCACGGGGAGGUCAUCGACUGCGUGCAGGAGCUCAGCCACUCAGUGAACAAGCUCUUCAGGUUGGCCUUGGAGGCUGUGGACAAUUGCCUCAAGCUGACGGACGGCUUGGGGGUAGGAGGCCUCCUCAAGGCCCUGCGAGCCCUUUUCAGCAAAUAUGCCUCUGACUUCAGCAAUGCCCUCCAGUCAAUCAGGAAGAAGUGCCAGUUGGAGGACAUUCCUCCGGAUUCACUCUUCCAAGAAGACUGGACCGCUUUCCAGAAUGCAAUCCGGAUCAUCGCCACCUGUGGGGAGCUCUUGCGCCAGUGUGGAGACUUUGAGCAGCAGCUGGCAAACAGGAUCCUCUCCGCCGCAGGGAAAUACCUCUCGGACUCCUACAGCCCCUGCAGCCUGAGCGGCCUCCAAGACCCCGGGACAGAGAAGCAGAGCCCCCUCAAGAACCCCUGGCAGGAGCACAACUACCUGCAGCUGGAGAACCCUGCCGAGUACGCUGCCCUGCUGGAGACUCUCUACACGCUCAAGGAGAAAGGGACCAGCCACAACCUGCUGUCAGCCUCGCGCUCAGCCCUCAUGCGCCUCAACCAGCUGGCCCACCAGCUGGCCUUCGACUCCGUCUUCCUUCGCAUCAAGCAGCAGCUCUUGUUGGUUGCCAAGAUGGAGAGCUGGAGCACCAGUGGCACUGGAGAGAUGCUGACGGAUGAGCUGCCCAACUUCAGCCUCACGCCCCUGGAAUACAUCAGCAACAUUGGCCAGUACAUCAUGUCUCUGCCUCUCCACCUGGAACCGUUCGUGACCCAGGAAGAUUCAGCUCUGGAGCUGGCAUUGCAUGCUGGGAAGCUGCCCUUUCCUCCAGAGCAAGGUGAUGACCUCCCCGAGUUGGACAACAUGGCCGACUACUGGCUGGGCUCCCUCGCCAGAGCCACGAUGCAGACGUACUGCGAGGUCAUUCUCCAGAUCCCCGAGCUCACCCCGCACUCCACCAAGCAGCUGGCUACGGAUAUCGAUUACCUGGCCAACGUGAUGGAUGCUUUGGGCCUCCAGCCUUCCAAGGCUCUGCAGAACAUGGUGGCUCUCCUGAAGACAAAGCCUGAGGACUACAAGCAGACGGCCAAAAGCUUUCCCCGCCGCUUGGCCACCAGCAUCGCAGCCAUGAGGGGCCUGGACUACUAAACUCCUUGAUUGCUCCUAGCACAAAGUUCAGAGUCCUAGACUGGCACUUGGAUGCAGAAACAUCCAAGGUACGUGGAGGCUUGGAACUCCUUGCAGCAGGACGGAUGGACUCCUUCCCAGGUGGAGGAACGCUGUCGAAGCACAGAAGAGAUGUGGGCACUUGCGAGGGAGAGGGUUUAUUUGUAAGUCGCUCAAUAAAUUUCUUAAAAGAGG